AUCGUACUGAAAGCCACCCGCUCAAAGAAGAAGAAAAGAACAUCAACCACCAAGAGAACGCUGCGGAAAGAAGGCUGUAGGUGUCAAAGAAGAACGAAAACGAAGUUCAGAUCUUCGUUUCCGGGACUCGGACCUAGUAAACAUGGGUAUCGACAUCAAUCACAAGCACGACCGCAAGGUCCGAAGGACCGAGCCGAAGUCCCAGGAUGUUUACUUACGGCUUUUAGUUAAGCUGUACCGUUUCCUGGCCAGGAGGACCAGCUCCAAGUUUAACUCCAUUGUGUUGAAGCGGCUGUUUAUGUCAAGAAUUAACCGACCUCCCAUCUCACUCGCCCGCAUUACCCGCUUCAUGAAGAAGGCCGGCCGCGAGGGCCGUAUUGCAGUCAUUGUCGGCUCCGUGACCGACGACCAGCGCAUCUAUGAAGUCCCUAAGCUUACAGUGUGCGCUCUUCAUGUCACUGAGAAGGCCCGUGCUAGGAUUCUGAAGGCUGGCGGUGAGAUCAUCACUUUUGAUCAGCUGGCUCUUAAGGCACCCACUGGCAAGAACACUGUGCUGAUGCAAGGUCGCCGUAACGCCCGUGAGGCCGUCAAACACUUCGGACCUGCUCCUGGAGUGCCACACAGCCACACCAAGCCCUACGUCAGGUCCAAGGGCCGCAAGUUCGAGCGUGCCCGAGGCAGGAGGAAGAGCUGUGGUUACAAGAAGUAAUUGGAUAUUUGUCGUUUAUCCAUCUAUCCUUCAAGAUUUGUAUCUAAUAAAGAUAGGCGGACUAAA